CAGUUAAAGUCACUUAAAUUGUUAAUAAGUUUUUGGAUAAAAAGAAUUGAUAAUUAAUUUGCAUUCGUAUAGAUUUAAUAGAAACUUAAUGAAACGCAGCACUUCUUUUAAGUCCAGCAUCAGUAAAAAUCUUUACGGCUGUUGUACGCAAUGGAGAAUGGAGAUUGCAAGGUUUCAGUGAUGAAUGCGAACCCCACUGACGAUUUUGCGGAGAAGUUAUGGAGCGCAAAAAUUGCUUCACGAUCUGAGCUGAAGACGCCCGCUGACUGGAAUGCAUUGCGCUUCGCAGCCAACUUCGAUAUUUCGCAAGCUAGCGUGAAGGAUAACGUUAGCAGGAUAGAUGCUGCCCAGGUGUCUUGUGAUGAAUUCAUCCAGAAGUAUGAAUCAACCUACACACCCGUGGUUAUUCGCAAUGCACAGAAGAACUGGCCAGCCGUAACUGCUUGGACCCCAAAGGAAUUAAUGGAAAAAUAUGGCCAUGAACGGUUCAAAGUGGGCGAGGAUGAUGACGGCUAUUCAGUGCGAUUUAAAAUGGAUCAUUAUUUGCGAUAUUAUGCCAACACGGAUGAUGAUAGUCCAUUGUACAUUUUUGACAGCAGCUUCGUUGAGCGUACCGGUGAAAAUGGUCUGGUGAAAGAUUACACCAUCCCGGAAUAUUUUGCGGAUGAUCUGUUUAAUUAUGCCGAACGGAAACGGCGUCCGCCCUAUCGCUGGUUCGUCAUGGGACCAGCCCGUUCCGGCACGGGCAUCCACAUUGAUCCACUGGGGACCAGUGCGUGGAAUGCUCUAGUGCAUGGCUAUAAACGGUGGUGUUUGCUGCCUACCUGUGUGCCAAAGGACCUGCUCAAGGUGUCCCGCAUGGAUGCACCGCGACAAACCAACGAAGCCGUGUCCUGGUUCCAGUAUGCAUAUCCCAAAACCCAGCGUCCGGAUUGGCCAGCCCAGUACCGAGCGCUGGAAAUUCUACAGCAUCCCGGCGAAACAGUUUUUGUUCCAGGUGGCUGGUGGCAUGUGGUUGUGAAUCUCACUGAUACCGUAGCCGUGACACAGAAUUUUGCUAGUGUGAUAAAUUUCCCCAUUGUCUGGCACAAGACCGCCCGUGGCCGGCCUAAAUUGGCCCGCCAGUGGUACAAAACCUUGCAAGAAUGCCGGCCGGAAAUCGCGGCCAUCGCCGACCAAGUGGAUCUGAGCAGUAACACCGGCGUCCAGUCGGAUGACAGUAGCAGCUGCUCUUCAUCGUCCAGUUCAUCCAGUUCCAGCAGCUCCUCGGAAAGUGACGGUGAGACGGAGCGCGAACCACCCAGGAAGGGCGGAAUGAUGAGCAAACGUUCGCGGGAUUCACCGGACAGCGGACAAGGCAGUCUGGAUUAUAAUGGGAAUCAUGCAAAACGAACCAAGGAGAGUGUGCUGUGAUAUAUAUUGCGAGGGAUAAGUUUCUCACAUGAUUGACAAUUGUGAGUGGUGGAUGAUAUUUCCUGUUGGACAGAUCUUUCACGGAUUGGAUUUGUUAUGGGUUGCUUUUGUUUGGGCAGCUUUAUAUUUAUAGCUUGAAAUUACGUUGAGUUUGAAACUAAAUAGACGGGCUUUCGCUUUACUUCUAAUACUAUUCUGAGAAUCGGUAAUUUUUGGAUAGUUCCUGGAAGGAACUCGAUAUUUAAAUGUGGACACUUUUAUAUUUUGAUAUAUAUAAUGUCAUUGCGAGUAUAUGAGAUAUUGGAUUGGAUAAAUGACAAAGAUA